GAAGCAAAAAGCUGCACCCGACUACUUAAAGAUGGUUUCACUUCCAAUGGCGUGUACACAAUCAAUCCAGAUGGUGGUAAACCAAUACCAGUGUUAUGUGACAUGACCACAGACGGUGGAGGUUGGACCGUUUUCCAGAGACGUUUGGACGGCUCUGUUGACUUCUUUCGUGACUGGAAACCUUACAAAGAAGGGUUCGGAAGUUUGAGCGGCGAGUUCUGGCUCGGAAACGACAAUCUUCACCGUUUGACGAAUGCUAAUGACGUCAUGUUGAGAGUUGACUUGGAGGACUUUGAGGGGAAUAUCACAUACGCCGAGUACAAGACAUUUAAGGUGGCAGACGAGGCUGAUAAGUACAGACUCACUCUCGGAGAAUACAAUGGCAUUCCUUCAUGUAUCAUAGGUAUCGUAAAUAGUCAAGAAAUACAUUGAUGUUGAAUGCGUUGCGUUCUCUCUUUGCUUUGGGCCGAAUCAAUGAUCAACCAAAAACGUUUUCUUAACUCAGUCUUAUCUUCUUUCUUGAUAUUCUUCAAGAGACUACCUCUGAGACCGACAGUCAUAGGAAUCGUGGGGGUCGUGGGCAGAAUGCCUAUUGUUCUCGCCACAUUUACUUGCAGUGGCGAAAAUAUUAUAGAUCUGAUAUGGUUUUUUUGGAAAUGAGAAAAAAAUUUAAGCGCUUACUGUGAACUGAUUGUUCUGAAUCAGAAAUUGGUAAAUUUCCUGGAAUGCUAAUUGCAGUUUUGAGACUUUCAGGCGAUGAGUCGCUAGUAUUUUGAGGACCGAUAAGUUGGUCGAGUUUAUGGGCCUUAACUUGUUACAAAUUGUUAAAAAGUUUAGAGCUGGCAUCCUGAAUUUUGGCACAAAUGUAUUGUACUAAAACAGCUGGACACAUUUUGGAAAGUUUAGAGCAGCAAUCUAGAAUUUGUGCGUUUGUUUGGCACAUGACUCUGAUUGUGAUUCUCAUAAUAUAACCUGGCGUGAAAAAACAUUGGGGGCGCACUGAAUUUGGUGACGACAUUGAUUAGAAUGAGAGAAAGAAGAUGCAUGGAGAUUGGAGCGAAAAACCUUAGGAAUAACUUUGGAAUGAAGGCAAUGGCCAAUGAAAUGACUGCAAUAAGAACGGCUAAACGGAAUGCUAGAUCUUUUCUAAUAGGAGGAAAAGGAACAAGGUAACUUACAAUUUCCUGGCGUAGAUCCUUCGUAAGUUUCUAUAGGUAGUUGUCCCACUCAACUUCUUUUCAGCUAUUUAGACAAAAUUAUAGCACCUAUGGCCAAAAUUUUACUAUCUUACAUUAAGGACAGUCAACACGCACUUGAAAUUUUUCUUGACUUUAAUUUCCUUGGCCAAAACAAACUUAUUUUCACUGAGGAUAUCAUUAUAUUCUAUCCUAUUGUGCCCUAUCCUAAAUCACUGUAUUCUAUUCUAUCCUAUUUUAUUCUACUCUAUGAUAUUAUAUUAUAAAUCUACAUCUUUAUCUCUGUAUCCCUCGCGUCUCCUGAUUCCUUCUUUAAUGCAAUUUGUCAAAAUAGUUCCCUUAAGCAGAAUUGGUUUUCUAAGUUUUAAGUGAAAAUUUCAUUCCUCAUUAGCUAAAGAGAAAUAAGAGAAGGCAACAUAAGUUUUAUUCUUAUUCCAGCCAUAUGCAGUUUUCCGCAAAAGAUCAAGAUAGUGAUCAAUUUAAAACAAGCUGUACCCAACGCAACAGAGGGGCCUGGUGAUACAGCAGCUGCCAUGAGUCCAAUCUACACGAAAUGUAUUUCAAUGGCCAACAUGCCUCCUAUUCUGAUGGAGUCAACUGGCAAACUUUCAGAGGCUAUCACUACUCACUAAAACGCACUGAGAUGAAAGUAAAAGCCAAGGAAUAAGAUGGUUUCUAUCGCGGGGUAACAAAACAUGAUUCUAAGUAUGACGACAUCAAAGAAACUUUUUUUUUAUAGCUUUAUAGUAUGAGGUUUUUUAUGGUGAACCUGGCCUCGGUUAUUCGAUGGGUGGAGAAUACUAUUCACUGGAUAAAUCUCUAUCCGGUAGAUAGCGCAAAACGUUUUAGCUAUUUAUCCGUUGAAUAGCGUUAUCCGCCCUGUGAAUGAGUAAGCCUGGGCUAUUUGUGGUUUAUCCCCAGGGAUUGUCCAUGUCUCCAUUAUUAGAUUAACCUUUAGUCUGUUCGUAUUUUUAUAUUUGCAAAUGCUCAUUUACUUGGUCGGGCGCUGAUGUGGGUUUGAGUGUCGCGUUAGCAAGUUUCCCUUAUGUGCUUCUAGUUACUUUCACUUAUAUUUCGUAUUCGUUUUUCUCCGGUGACUUUUAUCCAUGAAUUUAUUUAUUUCGUUCAUUCAUUUAGUGUUUGUCGCCGAAUUAGAUUUUUAAAGAAAGCAUCAAGUUGGGGUUAGGCAUAAACUCGUGCUUAAGUCUUAAGGAAAAAAAACCUUUAAUUUGCAAGUUUUUAUAUAGAGACAACGAAGAUGGGCAGGGAGCAGACAUCAAAUUCAAAUUUAGUUGAGUCUUCAGCGACAACUCGGGGAGGGGACGGUCUAGAGACUCCACACCUUCCCUCCCCCCCCCCCUAUAAAACCCGUAAAUUUUGCUUUAAUCUCGUUUAUUUUUUUUCAUUUACUGACGAAAGCUGUAUGUCUACUUUCCUGAUACAAAAUUAUUGUAUAACCAAUGUUUUAUAUACUUGAAAUAUGAACUUCAAAGUUGAAACCUUAAUUUAGCAUCUGUAAAUCGAGAUAAUUCUAGAUGAAAUCUGGUAUGACUGAAAACAGAUAUGAUGUGAAAAUGAUCCUAAAGUCUUACCCUUUUGGCAUCUUAACAAAGUGGCCAAAGAGAUUGAAAUGUCCUCCAACACAUCAUUUCUUGUCGUUUUAUCAUGUCCUAAUAACCUGGAUUUAAAUCCGUCCAGAGAUCUACCCAUAAUACUUCUUUUGUUAAUUACCAUUUUGCAUUAUUGGCUGUCGAAAUAAUUAAGUUGCACAAAUAAGACCCAAUUACUGAGACCAACAUAAACGGAUCCCGAGAAAAACGGUUAGCACUAACUUAUUUUCUAAACGUUUGUUGAGGAAGUCGAUGUUACUGGAGGCGACGGAACGUUUACGAGAACAUUAGAGUCACAGCCAGCGAGCAGCACGCCCCAGUCAUCAGCGCUGCAGGAAGCGCGUUUCUCCGCCCGCGGGAAGAUUUGAUUCGAGUCGGGCGAGGUUUACCAGAGGUCUGGAACCAAAGGUUGGUGCAAGACCCUCUCGCCGACUCGCGUUGCUCAAGGGCUCACACUUUCCCGCGGGAAGAAACGCACGUGCUGAUUGGAGGCUCCUAGUUAAAACAGUAAAAUUAUAUCAAAGUUGUCUUAGGGUACGUGUCUAAAUUUCUGUAAAAACUUGACUCUAAAAUUCAAAUAUACAAUUGCAACUACCAAAACAUCUUAUCGGAAGCUGCCAACGCCAGUUAUAGGAACGCUUUUGAUUUUACACAAUGGCUCUACAAUAACGCGGAGUCUUGUUUACUUGAUUGAUUUUAAUUUCUAUCCAUUGAAAUUUCAACAAGUUCAAGAUUAAUUAUUAAUACCGUGAAGUUGAAAACCGAACAAAUUGCGAUAAACAUCAAAUAUUGAAAGAUGCCGAAGAAUCUAACUGAGAGAUUCCGAAGUAUGUAUCUGCUUAAACUGCUUCUAGUGUCUCUAACGAUUGCCUUUACAUACGGAGACCCUCGAAUGAUGACACCUGUCUUCCAAGCCGUUAACUUUGCCAGAGAAAUAAGAUGUCGACGCCUUAAUGGAAGUGUUAUUAGAGAAAUACAGGUGGAUUCAGAGAGUUCUUGUCGACUACAUUGCGUCAAAGAAAGCUCAUGUGUGUCAUACAACUUUGGAUCCACAAUAAACAACAAGAAGUUUAAAUGUCAACUAAGCGACUCCGAUCGCUUUGCUAGCUUUCAGAAAUUCACCGAAGACAAUAAAUUUCUCUACCGAGGAGUGAAGGUAAGAAACUUUAUAUCUAGUUUUUCUAGAAUGAAGUACGUAAGCAUUAUAUUCCCUGUAGAAUAAACUUUUUUUAAAAUGUAUGCUGACGUGAUGUGUAAACUUUUAAGUGUCUCAAGGUUCUAAACAACUUCGGAUUAUAGGAAAAAACUCAAAUUUCCUCACUUUUAAUGAAACAAAGACAGUGUAACCAACUGUGUUAUUAAAACCACAUAUCCUUAAUAUUCUUGUCUCAAAUUGAAAGAGGAGGGUUCGUUCGAAUAUCAUUCUGAAAAGAAUUGGAAAGAGAAUGGAAAAAAAUGGAACGAAAAUUCUUACAAAGUUCUUAACAUUUCGUCGAUCUCGUAAGAUCAAGUUCGAUUUAUCCUUUUCAGUUUUGAUAGGAAGUUUCGACUUGAUUCUAUUAAUGUGAGAGAUAAACAUCUGCAGCAUACAAAGAAUGUUUUCAAUUAUUUGAAUUUCUGUAAAAUAUAUUCAUUUCAUGGAAAACACUCCAUAUGCAUGCUUUAUGAGCAAGCUUAUUAUGACUAAAAAAAAUUUCAUCUAUUAAAAUUUAAAAUUUCAUUGUAUAAUCCAUUUGGUAUCGUGACUAUCGUGACUAAUUUUGCUCAAGAAAGAGGUAUCUUUAACAACGCUGAGGUGACAAAUGCACAUGAUUUUUUUGAACGAAACGUUUUAACUGAAAUGUUCCUUGAAUUCUUCUUCUUCUUUCACUACCCAACCUCUUUCAAAAAAAAAAAUACUUAUGGGGGAUCUUUCAAACAUAAAAAAUAGUAAUCAAUUUAAGAGAUCCUCGCAGCUAAGAACACUACUGAACUUGUGGUUGAAAGUAGGACCUGAAAAAAUUCAGGUCCGUACGGGAUUUGAACCCAUGAUCUGUGCGAUACCGGUGUAGCGCUCUACCAACUGAGCUAACAAGCCAACUGGGAGCUGGUCAAUAUGUUGGGUCCAAAUAAACCAUUCAAGUGAUGAAUAAUGAUUUUAGAUGUAUGAAAUUUAUAUAUUUGCACUGCGGUCAAGAAACGAGUUUAAGAGAUCCUCGCAGCUAAGAACACCACUGAACUAGUAGUUGAAAAUAGGACCUGAAAAGCUAGCUCAGUUGGUAGAGCGCUGCACCGGUAUCGCUGAGGUCAUGGGUUCAAAUCCCGUACGGACCUGAUUUUUUUCAGGUCCUAUUUUCAACUACUAGUUCACUAGUGUUCUUAGCUGCAAGGAUCUCUUACAUUCGUUUCUUCGCCGCAAUGCAAAUAUAUGGAUUUCAUAUAUCUAAAAUCAUAAAAAAUCGUGAUAAAUAAAAUGAAAUAAAGAAAGGUUUGCUCGGAAUUCGGAGAGCCCAACCGUGUCCUACGUAGCCCGACGUGAUUCGCUAUUUAAGUGUAAAAGUAUGACGAAGGUUAGAGAUUGACAGCUCUGUAAGUGUCACCUUUAUAAGCGGUGACCCACACUUUCCUUGAGAGAUCGGAGCUAGUCACCGUUGUAAUAACUUGAGUAGUAAGAGUGAAUAAAGAAAGGGACAACAAAAUAACGAGUGUUAGGAACUAGUUUCUAAUAAUUUAUAGAAAGUUGGGACGGUGACCCUCACUUUCCUCGGUAGAUCAGAGCUAGUCCCCGUUGUGACAACUAGUGUAAAAUAAUAGAAUAAAGAAAAAGUCAACAGAACGAGUGUUAUAGUAAAUUUUACACUUAACACAAGACCCCCUCCCCCUUAACAAGAACUAAAGGGAUUAAAUUGAAGUAAUAAAAGGUUGGAGGAGUCAAUGUGUCAAAAAUACUGUCGCCGAUUGUAGGUCUUUAGUACUGUUAAAGGUUGUAAGACUUGAAAUCGACGUGUAAGUUGGCAAGGAUUUGUUCUGUCUGUGCACUAUUCGCCAUUACUUCUAACUUGUUAAAAUUACAGUGCAGAUUCCAUUUUUUAGUCCAUGCUGCUAGCUCAUCGAUAUCGAAUUUUGGCUUCUGUUUUUCUUUUUCUACGUUUUCCAGUUCCUUUCAUAUCUUAGUGUCAUCAGCGGACACUAAUUUAAUAGUGUUGGAAAUGUUUGAUGAUAUUUCAUUGACGCAUAUUAAGAAGAGAAUAGGAACAAGGAUCGUGCCACGAAGACACCAAAUAACACUCGGGUCCAGGAAGAGUAAGUGCCACGUACCAGGACACGUUUUGGGCAGCCAAAGAGAUUCCUUUACCAAGAUAGUAGACUAAGGUCUAUCUAUUCCAUGCCAUUUUAGCUAAAGCAGCCAUCGUUCAUGGGGUACGAAAUCGAAUGCUUUCGGAAGGUCUAAAAAUGACAUCCGUCGGUCUUGAUUUGUGUCUGGGUGCCCGUCAGUCGUUAAAACAAGAAAUAUAUUUAGUUAUCUUAUUCAACACAUUGUCUGCUGUAAAUGCACUGCGGGUGCAAUCCAUAACAAGCCAGAAAGUAAGCAGCGAAAACAUUAAGUUUGCCUGGUUGAUUUAACUUUACUUCAGAAAAACUGAUGUAGGUGCUUUUAAAUAAUUUGAGCCUCGCGGUCAGAAGCCGUUCUAUUGAUAUUUUUCCCUCUCUUGCGACAGAGAAGUGAUCCCCAGUUUCUUUUAAGCCCACCAGUGGGCAUAUUUCAGAACAAUUCAAUGAUACUCGAUCGUCCUUAUCUGAGAAGACUAGAACGUCUAACUAUUUGGAGAUAUCACAGCAAAGGUAACGCAUUGCCCUCAGUUAUUCUAAAACCCUGAGAGUUAGUCUGGUCAGGGAACUUAAUUUUGGCCUGUCUGGAAGCUUAUGAUCUGAUUCAAUCUGAGAAUAUGAAACACGUGCAAUUUUAAAAGUCUAUCAAUCAAUCAAUUCAUAGGGUACCUGUAUUUUAAUAUAAGUAAUCAGGUGCUUUUGUUUUAACAGAGCGAUUGUGAGGUCAACUCUUCCCUUUGUGCAGAAAACGAGAUUUGUGUUCCCAACUAUAAAGAGAACACCGCAGAAUGUAAAUGUCGUUAUGCUUCUGGAUAUACGGGAAAACCAUGCGGUGAGUAUCAUGUCUAACGCUUCCACUAGUUUGCCACUUUAUAAUGACUGAAAUCAUGCGUGAAGUCUUAAGUAUCCCAAUUUGGAUCAAGUAAAAUGACUCUGUACAGCAUAUCCACCCUGGUCAAUUAAUGAAUUUUAGCUCUGUUAAUUAUUUCUUUUUCUUAUAAAAACAGAAGCAAAAAGCUGCACCCGACUACUUAAAGAUGGUUUCACUUCCAAUGGCGUGUACACCAUCAAUCCAGAUGGCGGUAAGCCAAUACCAGUGUUGUGUGACAUGACCACAGACGGUGGAGGUUUUCCAGAGACGUAUGGACGGUUCCGUUGACUUCUAUCGUGACUGGAAAGCUUACAAAGAGGGGUUCGGACGUUUGAGCGGCGAGUUCUGGCUCGGAAACGACAAUCUUCACCGUUUGACGAAUGCUAAUGACGUCAUGUUGAGAGUUGACUUGGAGGACUUUGAGGGGAACAUCACAUACGCUCAGUACAAUACAUUUAAGGUGGCAGACGAGGCUGAUAAUUACAGACUCACUCUCGGAGAAUACAAUGGCACAGCGGAAGAUUCCUUCAUGGAUCAUAGGUAACAUAAAUAGUUAAGAAAUACAUUGGUGUUGAAUGUGUUGGAUUCUUUCUCUUAGUUUUGGGCCGAAGUAAUGAUCAACCAAAAAAGUUUCAAGAAAAGUCUCAUGCACGCGUAACUCUUACAUUCUCUCUUGAUAUUCUUUAAGAGUGAAGUUGCCUCUGAAACUGAAAGGUCAUAGGAAUUGUGGAGGUCAUUGGGCAGAAUGCCUAUUGUUCUCGCGACAUUUACUUGCAGUGGCGAAAAUAUUAGAGAUCUGUGACAGUAACGGCGAAGCGUAAACAGGAAGGUUCUCAUUGUUCGAAGAUCACGCGCGCUUUCCUCCGUAACGAGAAAACAAAAAUAACUCAGUUGAAUGAAAAGCGCUCGUCGAUACCCUGGAGAUUAAGAAUGCCAAUUUGAAAGAUAAUUUUUUGUUCUACAGUUUUGCGGCUUUCCGAACUGCCUACAUGUAGGGAAAGGCCGCAAACUGCCAUAUGCUGCCUAGAAUGAUUAGGAAAAUUAAACUGUCUGGCGACUGGUUUGGAUGCGUCAGGGUCAUUUCUUUCUACGUCGCGAAGGUGUUCUCGGAAUCGGUCACCGAAUCGUCUUCCUGUUUCACCAAUGUAUAACUUCUUGCAAUAAGUGCAAGUUAUGCAGUGAAUGACCUGCCGGAGGUGCACGUUAAAGUGAUCAGUGAUCUUAAUGGCUCCCUUAGGUCCCGUCAUUUUCUCUACGUUAUGAAUGAAAGGAAAGUUUUUGCAUCGUGAGCGAGUACAUUUGAAAGUUUCAGGCUGGUCUUUGGUUUAAAAUGAACUUUUGACCAAAAAGAGUUGACUAUGUUUUUGUCACGUUUGAAUGAAAUCAGCGGAGGUUGCGAAAAGACAGUAUCAGUCUCUGAAUCGUUUCGGAUUAAUUGAAGCUUUUUUGAGAAUGAUAGAUUUAACUGCGUGGUUGUGAGGGUGAAAUGUGAGAGAGAAUGGAAUGCAAGCUGUCUUUAAUGCUGACUGUCGAUCAAUUUGUUGGGCACGGUAUGAAAUUCUUUACGUGUGGUGGAUGCGAAGAUGAAUACAACAAGUACCUAUAUCUUGCUAAUAAACACUAGUGCAUAUAACGUUGCCUUCAAUUGAAAUUUUGGUGUCUAGAAUAGCCAAAGAAGUGUCGGAUACUUCCCAGGUAUAUUUAAGAACUGGGUGAAAGGAAUUGACGGCGAUUAUGAAUUAAGUGAGCUCCUCUCUGGUAGAUGAGGUAGCGCCGAUAUAGUUAUCAAUGUGGCAGUCGUAAAGUUCAGGUUCAGUGGGGCCGUGGUAUUGACUAAAAAAUUGGUGUUAGUUGUAUCCAUGCCGGCUACGCCAUAAGUUUGUUUGUACUAGUUGCCACCGAGUGAAAAGUAAUUGAGUAUAAGUACUACUUCGGCUAGACGGAGUAGUGUUUCAGAGCUAAGUUCCUUAACAAUGCGUUGAUCAAAAAAAUAUUUGAGGGCCCCGAGACCUCCAUUGUUGGGAAUGACUAUAAAGAGAUGAAAUAUCCAUAGUGAAAAUAAGUUUGUUUUGGCCAAGGAAAUUAAAGUCACGAAAAACUUCAAGUGCGUGUUGGCUGUCCUUUAUGUAAGAUAGUAAAGUUUUGACGUAGGUGCCAUAAUUUUGUCUAAAUAGCUGGAAAUGAGUUCGGUGGACAACUGCAGGCAGAAACGAUGGAUCGGCCUGGGAGGUUAGGUUUGUGGAUUUUAGGUAAAAAGUAAAUACACAAAGUUCUAGGAGUGUUAAUGGUGAGAUUUUUUGCAGUGGCGAGCAAUUCUUGUUUGAUUAGAAGAUCGCUAAUAGCGUUUUUGACAAUGUUUUGAUUGAUGAAAGUGAGAUCUUUGUCAACUUUGGCAUGAAAAGAGGUGUCAGAAAGCUGAUGCAAAGCUUCUUUUUGGUAGAGGUCGGUCAGCCAAACAAAGACUGCACAGCCUGUGUUGACCGCUUUAAUAACUAUGUCUUUGCCCUUUUUAGUCUUCUUAAUGCCGACCACUCUUUUGAAGAAAGGUUGGAAAUUUGGUGUUACGAUUGAAUUUGAGUCUUUUAAUAUCGUAGCGAUAUUUUUUGAUGAAAAAAUCUAAAGAUGCGAACUGGCCUUCUGUGGGAGUCCAUUUAGACUUUCGAAUCUGAAAUGUUUCGAAAGUAUCUUUGUUCAAGGUGUUAGAAUUAUCCUCUUUGUCGUGAAAAAAUAGCUUUCAAUUAAACGCGGCGAAGGAAUUUUUUAAGGUCUUGCUUGACUGAAAAUUCGUCGAUUUUUUUUAAAAAUGGGAACAAAAUUUAACCCCUAACUGCGAACUGAUUUUUCUGAAUCCGAAAGUGGUAAUUUUUCUGGAAUGCUAGUUGCAGUUUUGAGGCUUCCAGGCGAUGAGUCGCUAGUAUUUUGAGGACCGAUAAGUUGGUCGAGUUUUUGGGCCUUAAUUUGGUGCAAAUGGUUAAAAAUGUUUAGAAAUGGCAUCCUGAAUUUUGGCACAAACAGAUUGUACUAAAACAGCUGGACACAUUUUGGAAAGUUCAAAGCGGCAAUGUAGAAUUUUUUCGUUGUGUUCGUUAUGUUUUUGGCACAUAGCUCGGAUUGUAGUUCUCAUAAUAUCACCUAAUGUGAAAAAGCAUUGUGGGCGCACUGAAUUGGUGGCGACAUUGAUUACAAUGAGAAAAAGAAGAUGCCUGAAAUUGGAGCGAAAACCCUAAGGAGUAACUUUGGAAUGAAGACAACGGCUAAUGAAAUGGUUAUGGCUACAGUAAGAAUGGUUAAACGGAAUGCUAGAUCUUUACUAAUAGGAGGAAAAGGAAAAGGGUAACUUACGAUUUCCUGGCGUAGCUCCUUGAUAAGUUUCUAUAGGUAGUUGUCUCACCCAACUUGUUUCAGCUAUUUAGACAAAAUUAUAAUACCUAUGGUCAAACCUUUACCAUCUUACAUUAAGGACAGCCAACUUGCACUUGAAACUUUUUGUGGCUUUAAUUUCCUUGGCCAAAACAAACUUAUUUUCACUAAGGAUAUCAUUAUAUUCUAUCUCAUUGCGUCCUAUCCUAAACUACUGUAUUCUGUUCUAUCCUAUUUUAUUCUACUCUACGAUUGUAUUAUAAAUCUACAUCUUUAUCUCUGUCUUUCUAGCGUUUCUUUAUUCUUUCUUUAAAGCAAUUUGUCAAAGUAGUUCCCUUAAGCAGAAUUGGUUUUAUAAGUAUUAAGAGAAAAUCUCUUUCCUCAAUGGCUAAACAGAAAUGAAAGAAUGCAACAUAAGUUUUAUUCUUAUUCCAGCAAUAUGCAGUUUUCCACGAAAGAUCAAGAUAGUGAUCUAUCUAGUGCAAGCUGUGCCCAACACUGCAAAGGGGCCUGGUGGUACAAAAGCUGCCAUGGAUCCAAUCUAAACGGAUUGUAUUUUAAUGGCCAACAUGCCUCUCAUGCUGAUGGAGUCAACUGGCUUGCUUCCAGAGGCAAACAGUAUUCACUAAAACGCACUGAGAUGAAAGUAAAAGCCAAGGAAUAA